AUGUUGAACAUCGUUGAUGUGGUUCUUUCUCCACCACCUCCCUCACCCCCUCACUGUGAAGCUGCCCCAAAACCCACAAAAAAGAACCCUGUCCAUGUUGCUGACGACCCACCGAAGCCGCCCCUCCCCCGCAACAGGGAUGUGGGCUCGGGCACCUUCCUGCCCCUGCCCUUGCCUGCCUGCUUGCCUGCUUGCCUACCAUUGCCCUCUCCACCAGGCAGAGAAUGGCAACGGCGGGGACAGAAUGACGACGAUGGCGACAGAACGACGACGACGAUGGCGGCGGCAGUAGCAGGAUGA